UAAAAACCCUAAGUCACUCCUCUGGGUGAUCUCAUAAAAUUACUAAAAACUAUAUUUUUCUUGAUUUGAGUGACAUUCUCAUCGUUUUUGUUGGUGUUGUCUGUAAAUUCUUAAUUACAGUUAAUUAAAAUAACUCAUUUACUGAGUGAAUGAUCUUAAUUACUUCAAGUUCAGUGUGUUGUUUUUAUUUUUAUUAUGCUUUGACAGCGGCUAAAGAAUAUCCAGAAGAAAGUUUUUAGAUACUCAACAAGUCUGCCACCCAGGAGAAAUUUGUUUGUACAUAAGACCAAAAUGACUGAAUACAAGCUAGUAGUAGUAGGUGCUGGUGGUGUGGGCAAAUCAGCUUUAACCAUACAGUUGAUACAAAACCAUUUCGUAGAUGAAUAUGAUCCUACAAUAGAAGAUUCUUACAGAAAACAAGUAGUGAUAGACGGAGACACUUGUCUUUUGGAUAUUUUAGACACGGCUGGCCAAGAAGAGUAUAGUGCGAUGAGAGACCAGUACAUGAGAACUGGUGAAGGUUUCCUUUUAGUUUUUGCAGUUAAUUCUGCAAAGAGUUUCGAAGACAUAGGGACAUAUCGAGAGCAGAUCAAACGAGUGAAAGAUGCAGAGGAAGUUCCAAUGGUACUUGUUGGAAAUAAAUGUGACUUAUCUGCUUGGGCAGUAGAUAUGAGCCAAGCAAGAGAGGUUGCGAAGCAAUAUGGUAUACCUUUUGUAGAAACCUCUGCAAAAACAAGAAUGGGAGUUGACGAUGCCUUCUACACAUUAGUUCGAGAAAUUCGCAAGGACAAAUCAAAUAGGAAAAAAUGGUCUCAUGGCCACGGACAUGGGCGUGGGCCUUUUAAGCUCCGGUGCUCAAUACUGUAGGUAGACUGGACUUGUUACUAGUGAUCUCUUUCUAUUUCUUGGAAAGAUCGGGUGAUAUCUGUUAUAAAUUUAUUAUAACAAAUCACUUUGAUUUUUAAAUUAGCUACAGAUUAAGAAAGUGGUGAGGGGGUAAUGAUUUUUUACAAAACUGGUGGAUUUCUUAGUAAUGUGCAAACAUAAGCCAAAUGCUUUAUUAUCUUCUUCCUCUCUUUUUAUUUUAAAAUAAAAUAAGUUAGUAUAUGUUACGUUAUUUUUAGAAUUCAGCUUUAUAAACAUUAAAUUCUUUUAUUAAAAAGAAUCGUGCAAUAUUAUUCUUGGUUUGUAUAAACCAUGGAUGGAGGCUUUGUGAUCUUUAGCAUAAAAAAGCAUUAGUAAAUGUGAUUAAUAAGUUUUUCAAUACCUAGAAAGCAUAUUUUAAAUAAUAAAAAGUAACAACCAUCACAAUUGCUUUUGAUAUUGAGACGGUGCCUAUAUUUCUUCAUGAAACAUAAUUUUUUUGGUAAUUUUUCAAAAAGUUUAUAACUUUAUUUGACGAUAUCAUUGUAGUUUACAAUUUGUUAUGUCAUAAUAGACUUUUAUGACUGUCAAGAAAACUUAUGUUGUUUUUUUCAUGAUAUUUUCACUUUAGUGGGUAAGGUACGCAUAAGUUUCUACGACAUGACAUUCGUUAUUGCCUAUAAGUUAAGUUUUAUGAUAAAAUUAAAGGUUUCCAAUCAAAAUGCUUGUGGUUAUAUUAUUUUACGGAAUUUGGAGUUCGACAACGUUCUUUCGUUCUCUUGUUACUUGGGAUUUAAUAAUUGUGAUGUUUGUUACUAGAUUUGGUUAACUAAUGGUUUUGACGUGAAAAUUUAGGGUCUCAUAUUGUUACUGCUGCAUUGUGCUUCUGUUGACGUUGUGGAAUCGCUGACAAUCAAUGACUGGCAACGAAUCAUUUACAAAAUCUAUUAAUACUUUCUCUACUAUCUUCUAUUUAUUCCAGAAAUGUCACAAAAACUGUAAAAAAAACUGAUUUAUUGUCUAACAAUACGACUACAUUCCAAAAGCAUACAAAUUUGGAAUAGUUUAUUGAGCUUUUUUAUAUUUUCUUAUCAUUAAUUAAUAAUAAAGUCAGCAUUAUCCUCAACUGCCCUCUUCUAGAAUGGUUUCCUGCUCUUUAAUAUUUGCCCUGGGUAAUGUUAGGUUCACUGUAAGGCAGUAUACCUCAAAUUUCCUUUUCCAUUUUUUACGCGUAGGUGAGGAGAGGUUUGAAAAGAGUUAUGUAUAGUAGCAGUUUUUUUUAUUUUGAAUCCCAAAGAAGCUUAGAAAAAAAUGCGAUAAUGGGCUGGUUCCU